AUGUUGACUAUUGCAAUAUUGUUAAUAUUAGGACAACAUCGUCGGGAGUCAUUUAUUCAUCACCAUGAUACCCUGGAUUCGUUAGCUGGACGAUUGAAACAACGCUAUGGUUUGCAUGGUAAUGAUAAAAAUGUUGAUUUUAUUCGAUGGUUUGAUGAAGAACAUAAGGAUUAUGUUGAUUUGGACGAUGAGUCGUUUGAUAAAAUUAAAAGAAUAUAUUUUUCUCCAUUCCAUUCGGCUAUACCAAAACCGCUGAAAUUUGAAAUAGUUAUGAAAAGGGGUUCGUCUGAACAGCAGCAGCAGUCAAGCGGCUACUUUGCAGUACAAAUGACUCCUUUAUCAUUCGAAAAUAAUGUUGCGUAUGAGCAACGCCUACAGUAUGAAAGUGAUAUUUAUCCAGUAAAUCCAAAAGAAGCACCACAGCACGGUUAUAAAUAUCCAACUUAUAUUAAAGCAAAAUAUAAAGUUCGUGCUGGUGAAAAAAUAUCUGAAAAUAUCAAAAACCUAAUUUCAACAGAUAAUACUAGUAAUUAUCGACUGAUUAUGUUUGCUGUUAUGAAAGUCAAUGUUGAUAAUGAGAUUGUAUAUUAUUUAUCACCAUUUCACAAAUUUUUAAAUCAGAUUCUCGAUCCUCGACAUCCGGCUACAAAUCCUAGUUUUAUUAUAAUAAACGAAAAAAAUAUGAUUAAUGAUGAAAUUGAGUUGAAACUGGCACUUAUUACAGAUAAUAAACGUCCAUAUCAAUUACAAAAAACUGUAUUAAAAUUAACUUCUGAUUAUGAUUUAAAUAAAUCACAAAAAGAACAGACAGGAUCAGUAUUGGAUAUAAAAAAUCAAGGUGUCGUUGAUCGACAGCACGUAUAUUUAUUCGUUGCCCUCGUUCAAAAUAAUGCAAUGAUUUGGGAUAGUCAUUGUAUCUCAGAAAAAAUGAUGCCAAGAAGACGAUUAUCGAAACAAACACGGCCGAUUGAAUUCAAUGAUCAAAUCAGUGUAUUACAACCAUCAAAACGAAAACGAUUAAAAAGUUGA